AUGGCGGAAUCCAAAGGACUUCCUUUCGGCCAAGCCCUGCUCGAGCGCGCCUUUUCGCCAGACACGGCAGCGUCCCACUACACCGAGCGCCUUCUAAAGCGCCCGCUUACCAUCCGCGCAACAUCGCCAACGCCCUCAGCACGCGCCAUCCGCCGUCGCACGCUCAACGAAUCCAAGGAGAAGACUCGGAAACAGAGCAAACAGAAGCCACGCCCGCUUUCCGCUGCGCAGAAACGCAAACUAUGUCUGAACGAGAUACCCAAAGAGCAGCAAAAGUACUCCAUAUAUGAGCCGUUACACAAUCUCUGGCUUGGAUACAUGCGAGAGAUUCUUUGUGUGAAUGAUGCUCAGAGGCCUGUUUACCUCACCCCAGCGUCGAGCGGCCAAAUGCUGGCCAGCGCCGACAUGCAUGGUGCACUGCUCCGCAUAGUUCGAAGCCGGUGCGUGAGUCGUGUAGGUUUGGAGGGCAUAGUCGUACGUGAUACGAGGUUUACAUUCGAAAUCAUCACCAAGAAUAAUGUAGUUAAAGCGAUUCCAAAAGAGCAUACCAUAUUCCAAUUUACGAUCGCCUUGGAGGGCGGAGAAGAGAAGAAGCCAUUGGUGUUCGAGAUCAAUGGGGAACAAUUCCAGACCAGGGCACCGGAUCGCGCCAACAAGAAGUUCAGGAUGCAUUAUCAGCCGGACCUCUGA